AUGGAGGAAGAAAAAUUCAUUGAGCUCAAAACUGUUACCACAAAGUUUGUGAAUUCUUCUCCUACACCAAAAAUUGUUAGAAUCUCAUAUACUGAUGAAUAUGCAACAGAUUCUUCAUCUGAAGAAGAACAACAAGAACAUAGCUUUGUUCAACGUGUAACAACAAAGAAAAUGGUGAAAGAGAUUAGAUUCCAAACAUGUUCCACUCAAUCCAACAAGAGAGUCAGUAUGAAGAAACAUGAAGAUGGAGAAAACUACAAUGUGGAUGGUGAAUGUGGUUUGAAACAAGUUCAUCAAAAGUUCCGUGGUGUCCGAAGGCGGCAAUGGGGGAGAUGGGCGGCGGAGAUUCGCGAUCCUCGGCUCGGAAGGAGAAGAUGGUUAGGAACUUAUGAUACGGCUGAAGAAGCUGCUUUGGUUUAUGAUAGAGCUGCAAUUGAGUAUAGAGGUGCUGAUGCUGUUACAAAUAUUAUGGAACCGCCGAAAAAACAUCAUCAACAACAACAAAAGAAAACAUCGAAUAAUGUACGUGACCAAAAUGUUAACGUCAAUGUUCUUGGUGAUUACGAUUCUGUUGAUAAGGAUUGUAAUAAUGGUAGUUCAUCUUCUUCAUCUGUUACUGAAAUUUGGAGCGAAAGAAUAAGUGUGCAAGAAUGGAUUAGAGAGUUAACUGGAGAAGAAUACUUAGAUGAGUCCUUUUGGUUCUCUUUGUUCCUAUGA